UGUUGUUUUUGUUUAAGUAUGUUUUUAUUGAUUUUAGAGAGGGAGAAAGAGAGAAACAUCCAUUGGCUGCCUCCUGCACGCCCACUACUGGGGAUCAAGCCAGCAACCCCGGGCAUGUGCCUUAACUGGGAAUUGAACUGGCAGCUUCUUGGUGCGUGGGAUGACGCUCAACCAACUGAGUCAAACCAGCCAGGGCUGACCUGGCUUUUUGGUGAGAUGUAUCCAUGGGUCCAGUUCCCCUGUGAUAGAAGUAUGGGCCUCUCCAGCCCUCUUCCAAAGAUGAUGUAGAAUGAAAGACCGAGUUAGCCAAACUGGCUAAGCAGCUGCAACAUGUGCAGUAUUGGUGACAACUGAAGAAGGGCCGAGGCCUCAAAGACCUCAGGGACUUCUUUCAGUACUCACAGAAACCUAUACCCUGGUGAUGGCACACAGGGACUGUUUUCUUGCUCUAAGUCUGAAUGACUGCCAAAAAGGAAGGCAAAGGUAGAGCAGUUGGAUCGCUGGCUCUCCCCAUAGCUUCUAAUCUCAGACCUUCAUAAACUCCAUUCUGAGCCCAAGGACAAAGCUCACUUGAACAAAUGAUUUUGAGUCAUGAAUGAAAAAUCUUGCUCUUUCCACAAUGAGAAAGAAUUCAGAGAUGGACAGGUCGAAAGUGUGUCUGCUGGGAACCCUCCACCAAACGACAAGGACAGCAGUGCUCUUCUGGCUUUCAGAGGAAUUCCUAUCUCGGAGUUGAAGAACCACAGCCUCCUCCGAGCCCUGACAACAGAAGCUAAUGGAUGGGCACCAGGUGUUGUGAGCCCCGAGUUGCUCAGAGCCCAGGAAGAAUGGGAAGCCGUGCAGAACAUCCAGCCAGAGACAGGAAGCCAGACAGACCAGCCUGCACAGCUAAUCUCCUUCAGUGAGGCCCUGCAGCAUUUCCAGACCAUCGACCUCUCCUCCUUCAAGAAAAGAAUCCAGCCAACAAUUCGAAGGACUGGGCUUGCUGCCCUCCGGCACUGCCUCUUCGGGCCUCCAAAGCUCCACCGGGGCCUCCGUGAAGAAAGGGACUUGGUCCUGACCAUUGCUCAGUGUGGCCUGGAUAGUCAAGACCCAACACAUGGCCGAGUCCUCAAGACCAUCUAUAAGAAGCUGACUGGCUCCAAGUUUGACUGUGCCCUCCACGGCGAUCACUGGGAAGAUCUGGGCUUUCAGGGAGCAAAUCCAGCCACAGACCUUAGAGGAGCGGGCUUCCUUGCCCUCCUGCAUCUGCUGUACCUGGUAAUGGACUCAAAGACCUUGCUGAUGGCCCAGGAGAUUUUCCGCCUGUCUCAUCACCAUAUCCAGCAAUUCCCCUUCUGUUUGAUGUCUGUGAAUAUCACCCGCAUCGCAAUCCAGGCCUUAAGAGAGGAGUGUCUCUCCAGGGAGUGUAAUCGGCAGCAGAAGGUGAUCCCAGUGGUGAACAGCUUCUAUGCUGCCACUUUCCUCCACCUCGCUCAUGUCUGGAAGACGCAGCAGAAGACCAUCGCAGACUCGGGCUUUGUCCUCAAAGGACCUGGGCUGGGGGUACUCCCUAGAGCUGCUGGGCCCUGGACUGUGCAUCCAAAGCCCCCUCAAGCCUUUUGUUCGCAAUGCUCUCUGUUCCAGACUUGGAAGUGUUGGCCAAGAAGAGCCCACGGCGGCUGCUCAAGACCCUGGAGAUCUACUUGGCUGGAGUAUCGAAGGGACAGACCUCCUUGCUGGGAGCACAGAAGUGCCGUGGGGCACCAGCCCCUCACUCCAAGGACCUCACUUUCACAGGCGUGUGUGACCUGCCACCACACUCAUCCGAAGGCACGUGGCCGGUCUGACCGCCGAGGCAAACCAUAUCAGGAACGCCUGGCUGGACCAUGCCCCUCCCAUCUCAGCAGAAGGGAUGUGGAAGCUCCCAGGCCUGGUCGGGGAAGCCAAGGACCCUCCUCCUAUUGGGACAAGGGGCAGUCAGACUUGACGCACUCCAUACAGAUCUGCAUCCUUUGCUGUCACCUGAGUUGGGUUCCAGGUCAUCUCGGUGACAGUGAAUGGAUCGUGAGGUGGGAGAGCCCCACCAGGAUGUUCCACACGCCCCCAGGUAGGGCUUUCAGACCCUGGUGGCCAUAGGACAGGGACCAGACAGGGACAUAGAGUGUCUAGUUAGACUGUGAAGGGAGGUGGCAGUGGCAGCAGCCAACGGGGCAGCAUGAACAAGAGCAAGACACCUGAGGCCACAGCUGGGCCGGCCUCCUCGCCUCCAGCCACCAGGCCAGCAGAAGGACCCCUCUGGGGCUUCUGGCCUCCCAUUUGUCCCAUCUCCUCUCCUCCCGCUGUUUAUGGGACAGAGCAGGGCCUCUGGCCAAGUCUCCAUUGCUGCCCAUCCUAACUGCCUGCCCGCCGGGCUUCCCAUGGGGGUUGUGCGGUGCCCAUCACAGAUGGUUUUCUAGCCUGGUUGGGGGAAGGAGGAAAUCGGAAGUUACUGAAUAAAAGAAUUGUUCUGGG